UCUUUAGGGAACCAAAUAAAAAAUUAGAAGCAAUAGAUAGAAGCACAACACAAGUCUGAAAUUGGAGGCGAGUUUUAGCAGAAGGAUAAGAUAGCGAAAACGGUUGUGUUUGAAAGUGAUAACAAUAAGUUACAAUGUUAGCUUCUUCGCUCUCAUUCCUUCAUUCUUGUGCAUUCCCCUCUUCUUCUUUAACAAUUCCAACGCCAAAUCCCAAUUCCAAUUCAUCUUUAUCUUUUGUCGUUGAAGCCAAAUCCACUACCCGAAGAGAAGACCGAACUGCCCGCCAUGUCCGUAUCAGGAAGAAGGUUGAAGGAACGCCCGAAAGACCAAUGAUUGAUGACACCAAGAUGCACACACUUGCAUCAGCUUCAACAAUGCAGAAGACAAUUGCUGAAGAGUUGAACUAUACCUCUGGCCCUACAAUUGAAGUAGCAAAGAAGGUGGGUGAGAUCAUUGCAAAAUCUUGUCUAGAGAAAGGGAUCACAAAGGUAGCCUUUGACCGAGGUGGUUACCCAUACCAUGGCCGUGUUAAAGCAAUUGCUGAUGCGGCUCGCGAAAAUGGCCUGGACUUCUAAUAUGAGCACUCUCUUUGUACUUCAUGUUUAAAUUUGUAACCCAAGGAUUUAUGCAAUUUUUUUAAUGACAUUUACUCAUUUCUCAGUGACUUAUCUAUGAUCCAGUGGCUGCCUGUUAAUAUUUAUCUAUCA